GAGCUUUUCCUCUCGGUCGUAUAACAGAGGAAAGUCGGCAACUCAACUGUUAAACUCGCCCAUGACUAUUCAGUGUUGACAUCAGCAUGAUCUCACCACUGUAACUUGAGCCCUCGGGCUCUCUCCGGGCUGCCUUUAAAUAGCAGCGGCAGAGCGAGCGCUGCACCGCUGCCUCGACCAGCCCCGCGCAGAGCCGGAGCACCCGCCAUAGAUGAAAGCGAAGAGGGGCACUAGAACCGCAGCCAUGUCCACGUCCCUGCGGGUGAGCCCCUCCGUGCACGGCUACCGCUUCGACACGGCCCUGCGCAAGAAAGCCGCGGCCAAUAUCUUCGAGAGCAUCAACCAAGAGUCGCUUCAGAAACUCUUCAAGAACUCCGGGGACAAGAAGGCGGAGGAAAGGGCCAAGAUAAUCCUCGCCACCGACCAGGACGUGGAGGAGAAAACGAGAGCGCUGAUGGCGCUGAAGCAGAGGAGGAAAGACAAACUCCUGCAGUUCCUGAAAUUUCGGAAAUAUUCCAUCAAAAUUCACUGAACUGUCAAAAGCAGCCGCAACGGAAGGGAAUGUUUCGGAGCCAGACUGUUUGCGACAUCCUACGAAACGUGGCGUUUCCCACCGCCUCGCAAGCCGCUGGCGGGACGAGCGGACCUGACGGACCGGCCGAGAGAUUUCCACCCGGAGCGCGGCCGGCGUCGGCAGUGACACGCGCCCGGGGGACGCGACGGCAGCGGGGUCCCGGCACGGCCGCUCCGCUCCCCGCGACACCAGGACUCCUUAAGAACUUGUUUACUGACUUCAUCUGUUUGCUCUGUCUUUUCAAACUGGUUUACUUAGAGUUCAAAACCUUUCUAAGCCUCGCUGUUUUCACUAGGAUGGAGGAUUCUGGAGAUUGAUCAGCUAUUGAUCAUGUAUAAUUCUGCAUUUGUUAAAAUGCAUUUAAACGCACCGUGUGGGUGCAGUAAGCUCAGCCUUCAGGGAAUGCAUUUGCUCCAGAGGCACACUACGUAACCGUAUCCUUUCUUUCUCAAGCAGUAUGUGUACACUAUAAAUCAUUUGCACAAAAGCAAUAAUAAUGACAUAUUUUCCUGAAUUUACUGUGAAGUUCCUUAAUAUUUUGUUCACUUCCCAUUAACACUAAACACCAUAAUUCCGGUUCUUAUUUGUAUAGGUUACAAUAGAUAUUAGAAAAGUAUUUCAUGGUAAUAUUUUAUGACAAUGCUAUUAUUAUACCAACUAUAAUUUAUUGCAUAUGGCAAUCUGAAAGUUUAAUAAAUUAUAAAGGUAAUCUAAA